AUGUCUCACUUGAUCAAGCCACGGGUAGGACCAAGAUAUGGGCCGCUCCUCGAGAGGAUGGGGCCUGUCGCUCUCAGCACAGAGGAGUGGUCCCAUAUGAAGUACCAUAUCCGAAGAAUGAUCCAGCGAUAUUUGGUCCCGGGAGCGUUGUUACCUCGUCAGCCUCCUGCCGUCGUGUUUCGAUUGAUGGAGAAGAACGUUUGGCCGCUCCGAGAAUACAUCGACAAUUACCUCCGCUCCAAUGUGAAGCGAACAGAGUGGCGGAUGCUCAAUCCCUACAGUCGAGUUGCUCCCGCGCGUGAACAGCACACAGACGAUGAAUUCAUCGACCUUUCUUGCGAUACCGACGAUGAAGAUCCUAUUGGGCCAAGCAAGGCUUCGGACCUACAUUUUAACAUGGAGAACAAGCCCGGAUUGACAUCCUCAACUGGCGCAGGGCGACCUCCGACUUCUACCCAUAGACACGAUCAGCGUUGGGCGGAGUCCCCGUUGGCCUCUUCCAGCGCACGCAACACGAAGAGCGUUGCCCGACGGUCUUCUCCGGGCACCCCAGCCGAUCCCAUAGUCGGCCUUCUCGCGAAACAUCCCCCGAAAUCGGUGGAGCGCGUGUGUGCUGCACUGCGGGCGCUCGGAAUCAACGAUCAGUACUUCCCGCAGGCGGAUAUCGAUUCUAUGUGCGGGUUGCCUGCGCACUCGCGCGAUCUGUGGUUGGAAGCGGAACUCCACAGAGCAGGUACUUCCGAAGGGUCCGGUGAAAUUACUCCAUUCGAUCUGUUGCUCUUGAAAGAGGCGUUCUCCGAGCGCGAAAAGAAGCUGAAUGCCGAGGCGAGGGAGGAUGCAAUAUAG